GUGUGUUUGUGUGUGUUUGUGUGGGGAGGGCGUUUGGAGGGAAGGUUACCGGGAGCUCCGUGGCCGCUGGGGGGCAGGGGUCCCGGUGACAAAGAUGGGGGUAUUUUUUCUGUCUUCCACUUGGAAGCCUCAACCCCCCCUUCAGCCACUCUAGAUACAUCUUGGGGCCCAGUCGAGGGUCGUACCCGUCCAAAGUGUCCCCAUCCUUUUUGGGGAGCGAAACCCAACCCCCCGGUCCAUCCCAGAGGAGCGUGAGCGGGGAAUGCCCCAGCCAACCAGGCCGUCCGGAUUCCGCGCCGGAGCAGCCUCCGGCCUGAGUCCGGAGAGGUAUUUGCCUGUCGGCCUGGGCUGGGGGAAAGGCGUCCGUGGCCUGGGCCACGGGUGAGGGCGGAAUAACCGGUGGGAAGGCUGCGUUUUCACGAAGGACUCGGGUGAAGCUGCAGAGCUGCCUUUGCUUGGCUUCUGGGUCGGAGGAGAUCUUGUAAUGGAGUGGUUCUUCGUCUCACACUAACAAGAUGCCUGAUUUCCUCAGGAUCGAGGGAUUGAAGAAUGUCCCGAGUUCCCUUGGGGAAAGUCCUCCUGAGGAACGUCAUCCGGCACACAGAUGCUCACAAUAAGAUUCAGGAGGAAUCAGAUAUGUGGAAAAUAAGAGAGCUGGAGAAACAGAUGGAAGAUGCGUACCGGGGGACGAAAAGGAAAAUGUUACCCAGCAGUUCAAGCCGGAUGCGUAGUGAUGGUUUUGAUGAAGAAAGUCAAAGAGACUAUUGGAGGCCAAAGAAUGAAAUUUCUGGGGCACUGGAUGAUGAUUUUCUUAAGGCUAAAUCCUGGAACAAGAAGUUACAUGAUUAUGAAGCUAACAUGCCAGACAGAUGGGGUCACAGUGGAUAUAAAGAGUUAUACCCUGAAGAAUUUGAAACAGACAGUAGUGAUCAGCAAGAUAUUACCAAUGGGAAGAAAACAUCUCUCCAGGUAAAAUCAUCUACCCAUGAAUCUCACAAACACAAGAAGUCAAAGAAAUCCCACAAAAAAAAGCAGAAAAAAAAGUCACACAAAAAACAGAAGAAAAGCAAAAAGGAAGCCACAGAUAUAACAGCAGAUUCCUCAAGUGAGUUCUCAGAAGAAACUGGGGCUUCUAGUACCAGGAAAAGGAAACAACCACAUAAGCGCAAGAAAAAAUCCAGGAAAAAAUCUCUCAAGAAAUCUGCUUUAUUCUUAGAGGCAGAGUGUGACACUUCCCAGUCAGAUGAUUCUGCAUCCAGCAGUUCUGAGGAAAGUGAGGAAAGAGACACUAAGAAAACCAAAAGGAAAAAGAGAGAGAAAAAAGCUCACAUCCCUGUAGUUAACAAUGAAAUACAGGAGAGGACAAACAGACGCACAAAUUGGAAAGUGGCCACAGAUGAAAGGUCUGCCGAGAGUUCAGAGGAUGACUAAAUGAGAAAGAAACAUGUUUCCUGCAUGACUCUGGAUAUUUACAGCUCUUACACCUUGGGGAUUUGCCAGUGACUCUAUUGCUCAGCACAGGGUCAGGACAGGUCAGAGCUGUCCUGUGCCAUCUAUAUACAUUCUGACAGACUUCUUGUCUUCUAUUUUGGCCUGUUAAACUUGAUCCUUAUUGUUAAUAGGGAAUCGGUUAUUUUGUUAUGAAGGUUUCUUGAAGAGAUUAUUUUUUGUGAUUAAUCACAUUUAGCGUAGAGUGCAUAUGCAGCAAAUUAAAGGACCCAGAAAGCUGAAUCCAGUAAUGACCUGGGUAUACCAAUUGGAAUGUUGAAUUUGGGGAAAGCAAGGGCUGGGGUCAAGAGAUGGAUUGGAAAUAGUGCUGUAUACAAUGGUAUGAUAAGGGAACAUCGUGUUGCUCUUGUCUGUUUACAUAGUAGGUGCCACAACUUGACUUUUUUUGUCUUUAGCCUUGGUGCUUUCAUCUUUCUGUAUUUUGACCCCACAGGUGUGGUCCAGUUUACUUGAUGAGGAAAGGAGCAUAAGAACAAACAUUUUCCAUUCAUGGUAACAUCCAUAGACAGCUGUUAUUGAAAAAGACUAGGAGUUUUUGACAAAUUUCCCUGUUGGGCAGGGUCUGUGGCUACCCUCAGUAUACCCCUAAACAUGGUAAUUGGAUAGUAAAAGGUUUUCUAGUUCCAUUGUUUAUUGCCUAAAUCCACUUGUGUUCAGAAUUAUUUCUUCACUUCUCUUGGGUAAGUCCUCAACCAAAUGAGGAAGAAUCAGGCAUUAGUUGUGCUAAUGGUGCUCUGAACAGGAUUCAGGGCAGCAACAGCUAUUUAAGUGUUGUCUUCCUUGUUCAUUUCUUAAUCUGUUAAUGAACUUUAGAUUUUUCCUGAAACUAGGUUGAAUCAGUUCCAAAAUGAAAUAGGCUUCUCAGGGACAUAUCCAUUUCUUCCUAGUCUGCCUUUGGAUUAAAGCACUAAGCAGAGACCUUGUUAUUUCCCUUUGCUAUAUACUGUGAUCCCUACUAUGUUAAUUCUUAAGAAACCAAAAUAUCACUGGAAGAAGGCUGGCAGAACAUGUGAAUUUUUUUCAUUAAGGCAGAUCAAGUGACAUUGUUUUUUCUUGGUCGUCACUUCAUGGGUGAAGUAAAGCUUGAAGGCGCAGACUUUUGGUCUGCCAUUCAUUGGUUAUGAGGUCCGGAGCAGGUAAGUCAACCUCCCUGGCCUUACUUUCCCUAUGUGUAAUACAGAAAUACUUCAUGGUAGCAUGACUGUACGACACCAGCAAUAGACUAUGACAACAUUCCAUGAGGUGGUAAUAUUUUGUAGUUCUUAACUAUUAAAUUUGUUCUCUUUACAGAACAGAUUUCUAAUAAAAUGCUUAGUCAUAAAAUA